AUAACACCGCGCGCGCCCCUGGCGUCCUCCGAAGGUCGCUUUGCCGAGCGGGGGCGCGCCUGAGUGAAAGGACCCUGGUUCGGGGACGCGGUGCAUCCUUCUUCCCAGCUCUCAGCAGCGAAAUGACCGGGUACACGCCGGAUGAAAAAUUGCGGCUGCAGCAGCUGCGGGACUUGAGAAGGCGAUGGCUGAAGGACCAGGAGCUGAGUCCUCGGGAGCCUGUGCUGCCCCCCAGGAAGAUGUGGCCUUUGGAGGCGUUCUGGAAUAAAUUUUUGAAGGACGGGGCCCCGUGGAAGAACGCGAUCUAUAAGGUGUACGGGCGCAGUAUUUUUGCUUUUACUCAUGUGCUCAUACCUGCCUGGAUUGUUCAUUAUUAUCUGAAGUAUCAUGUGAAUACAAGACCAUAUCACAUCGUUGAAAGGAAGCCCAGAAUAUUCCCAGGUGAUAAAAUUUUGGAGACUGGAGAAAUAAUUCCACCAAUGAAAGAAUUUCCUGAUGAACAUCACUGAAGACUAUUUAAAAAUGUCAAAGGCUUUUAAGCCCUUAUUUUUUUCCUAUAUUGUUAUAUUAACUGAAUAUGUUUCCUGCAAAACUAAUAAAGUU